AUGUAUGUGCGCGCAAUGAUUUCGCAAAAAUUAGGCAUCAAUCAGCUGCCAAUGUCCGUUGCCUUCUUCAGUCAAGUGGAUAUUGAUCGUGUACUCAGAAAAGAAGUUGACUUAGCGUGUAAAACGCCCGGCGGUGAAGGAAUUCCUCCCGGUGAAGCACUGGAUAUGAAUGCAAUUUUGGAGAAAACUCGCGGCACGCUGAGGAAGACUGUUCAGUGA